AUGUUGCUUUCCAUUGGUGUCUUUGCCAAAUGGGAAAAUGGGCAUUUCUAUCCGAUCUCCUCCCAAAGAGACCGGCAGCAAUGCCUCAUCUGCACCGGCUCAGAGCGCGGCUUCAAAGUGGAAAUGCCGAACAAAGUGUACCUUGAUCCGAAAAGUGGUGGGCCCUGGAGUGAACACAUGAAGCAAGUGUACACGUUCUAA